AUGCAGGCGAAGGGCAUGGGCCGCAGGAGGCCCUGGCCUCGUUGCGGGGCCUGCCGCGCGCCCCCCCGUCGCCCGCUGGCGACACUCACGCCCCCGGGCCGAGCCGCGGGGAACCGUGAAGCUGGAGAGCCUUCGAACAGACGGCGGCCUCGACGGCCAGUACAGCGCGGCCGCGCGGCGUCACGGGACGCCGCCUCCUGGCCGCUGGGGAGGGAGGGCAGGGCCGCCGGGGCGCCGCGCAGCGCCGCGCCGCCCCCUGGGGGCCGGAGGACGGAGCCACAGCCCGAGCAGGUCUCAACGGGGCACAGUCCUGCCGGCCGGGAAGACAAGGUGCUGGCCCUGCAGCAACCCCCGCCCGCCGCCGUCCUCUCCGUGGGCCCGGACAGCCCGCCAGCCCCGCCCCGCCGCACCCCCGGGCCCCGCAGACCGCGCGCCCCACCCGCGGCGUCGCAGUGCGUGGGUCGGGGCAGCGACCAACGGCCGGCAGCUCCACCGUGCCCACUCCCCGGGCCUGGCGAGGACGCCGGAAGCGCUCUCCCGCCAGGAAGGCCGCGUGGGUGCGCGAGGCAUCCAGCACAGGGUCUGGCACAGAAUAAAUGCUUUGGGGCGCCUGACACUGAUCACACUACCCCUGCCCUCCUGAGGCUCCACAUCUAUGUAUCCUAUGGAAACCAGAGUCACAAAUGGAGACAGAUUCAGAGACUCAGCCUGAAAGGAGACAGAAGAGGCAGAGAGCUACAGGUUGCAUGGCCCCAGGAUGGCAAAGGUACAGAUAGAAAUGAGGACACACUGAGGCCUAGUGGGGAAUAUUGGGGAGCUGGGCCUGGAGCCAGCCAGGGGUGGCUGACCACAGCAGGCUUUGUGGGCUGAGCUUGCAGGACUGAGCAGUGACUCAUGGUGCCCAUCUCUGUGGCUCUCCUGGCAGCAGAAUCAACUCACAGCAGCCUUUUCCACUGAGAUCAUAAAAUGAGAAUGGGCCUCCCUCCCCUGACCCUUCCCCAACUCUCCCUCAGCCUCCCAUUUCUUGCCAGCAUGAUUCAAUCAAAAAGAAAAUGGGCCAGGCACAGUGGCUUAUGCCACAAAAUCCCAGCACUUUGGGAGGCCAAGUCAGGCAGAUCACCUGAGGUUGGGAGUUCCAGACUAGCUUGGCCAACAUGGCAAAACCCCGUCUCUACUAAAAAUACAAAAACUAGCCAGAUGUGGUGGCGCAUGCCUGUAAUCCCAGCUACUUGAGAGGCUGAGGCAAGAGA